AUGAAUUCCUCCGAAUAUCUGAUGCUCCUCUUGGCUCUCUUCAUCUCCUGCUUUUUUCUAGUUGUUGAAGUUAAGAAGUUUUUUAGGAAGAAUGGUAAACUUCCGUCCGGACCCACACGUCUUCCAUUCUUUGGAAAUUAUCUGCAAUUAAGAAACAAAGAAUAUGCAAAGACAAUAAGCAAUUUCCACAAAAAGUAUGGUGAUGUCUGUACGAUUUACCUGGGGUCCCAGCCAGUGAUAUUGGUCACUGGAUACCAGGCCGUGAAAGAAGUCUUAGUGGACAGAGGAGAUGACUUCUUGGCUCGAGGAGAGUUAGCUGCCUUUGACAGUAGCUACAAGAACUAUGGUUUGGCUUUCACCAGUAACAUUAACCGGUGGCGAGAGCUCCAACGCUUCUCUAUCUCUGUCUUACGAGAUUUUGGGAUGGGGAAGAAGAGCAUAGAAGAAAGAAUUCUAGAAGAAGCUGCAUGUCUAGUAAGAGAGCUGAAAAGGAUGAAAGGACCCUCUGAUAAUGUUAUCUUCUCCAUCAUGUUUGGAUAUCGCCAGGAUUAUGAUGACGAAGAGCUUCUUAAUGUAUUAAAAUAUAUCCAUGAAGUGGCAGCUAUUAUAUGUUCACCUUGGGGGCAGCUCUAUGAAAUGCUCCCGAGGUUUGUUCCUGGUCCACACCAAAUGAUAUUUAAAUACAUGGAAAAGCUACUGCUUUUUGUAGAGAAGAGGAUUAAAGUGAAUAAGAAAACACUGGAUGCUGAUAAUCCAAGGGACUAUGUUGAUGCUUUCCUCAUUAAAAUGGAAAAGGAAAAGAUGACUCCACUAAGUGAAUACACACUAAGAAACCUGGUGUGCAGCACUCUACAGAUCUUCUUUGCUGGGGUGGAGACCAUGAGCAGCACAUUGGCGUAUUCUUUUCUAAUUAUGAUGAAAUAUCCAGACAUCCUCGCCAAAGUCCAUGAAGAACUUGACCGAGUCAUAGGAAGAAACCGCAGCCCAAAGCUACAAGACCGCAUCCAGAUGCCGUAUACUUGUCACGUCAUCCAUGAAAUGCAAAGAUGUAUAGACCUCCUGCCAUUGGGGAUGCCACGGAAAACUACAAGAGAUAUUAAUUUUCGAGGUUACUCCAUUCCUAAGGAUACGUGUGUUUUCCCGAUACUUUCCUCGGUAUUAAAAGACCCAUCCUGUUUCCCUUUCCCAACACAAUUCAACCCCCAGAAUUUUCUUGAUGAAAAAGGUGAAUUUAAGAAGAAUGAUGCUUCCAUGCCUCUCGCUGCAGGAAAGCGAAACUGCCUUGGAGAGGCUCUAGUUAGGAUGGAGCUCUACCUCUUCAUAGUUACUGUGCUACAAAACUUCACCCUGAAAUCUCCCGUACCGAUUGAGGAGCUGGACAUUACACCAGUGUAUGGACUGGGGAACCUUCCAAAGCCUUACACAAUUUCAUUUAUCCCCCGUUUUACUUGA